CUUUUUAUCUUAAGUGUAAACAUGAUUUAUCCCUUUGGGUAAAGCUAAUAAUGGAUCUUACUUUUUGUGCUGAUUCUGUUGUACCUUUGCAACUUGAUGGACUUUCCGUUUUCCCUUCUUUUUAAGAAGCAUUAUCUGUUUAUGUGUCAAAAUGGGGACUUUUGAAAUGUUUGCCAAAAUGUGGUUUCAAAUGUCAUUUUCUUAAGCACCAUGUUGUCCCACAGAUGUUUUUGCUAUACAGUAUAAGCACUGGAGUAAAAGUUAAGAAAGUUGAUAAAUGGCUUACAUAAUGAUAGUUUUUGUUUUCUUGGAUUGCAAGUUUCUUUGACUUCCAAUUUUCCUUUUUCUGUUUUGGUUUCUUCCUCCGGUAGUAAGUUUGUUGGUCAGGUUGGUCUUUGAAGAAAGGGAAUUUAGUUUGUCAUUUCUACAUCUCCUACUGAGAGGAAAUGAAUAUGCAGACACCAAAAGGAAGGACUGUUUCUGUUGAGGUGCCACAAAGGACAUCUCCAUCUACAGCGAAGACAGCUCGAAAGCUCAAAACUUCAGGGCCGGAUGUUGAUUCUGUUUCAUCUCCAAAUCCAGCUAGCAGAACACCAAAGGACAGGAGUCCUAAAGUUAUUGGUCGCCGGUCACCCCGAAGUCCAGCAAUGGAGCAAAAACGUCCAGGCAGAAUGUCCGGUUUGGAAGACCGACUUGCUCAACUCCAAGAAGAGGUGAAGGCGGCAAAGGAACAGCUCAGUUUAUCAGAAUCAUUGAAGAAAACAUCCCAACAAGAGGCUGACGAAAUUAAGAAGCAGCUUGCAGCCAUGUCAGAGAAGCUUGAGGAGUCUGAGAAGCAGCUGCUUGAGCGUUCAGAUUUUGAAGAAGCUAGACUCCUGGAGCUACGUAAAAUCUCACAAGAUCGGGAUCGAGAAUGGAAAUCUGAACUUGAGGCUGUACAGAAGCAGCAAGAAUCGGACUCUGCUGCUCUGGCUUCUGCUCUAAAUGAAAUCCAAAAGCUUAAACUUCAGCUUGAUAGAGUAGCUGAUUCUGAAGCUACUCAAACUCGCCAUGCUGAAUCAGCUAAUGCUGAGACCGAAUGCUUAAGGGUACAACUCAAAGAAACCCUUAUAUUGCUUGAGCAAUUGCGAAACCAGUUAAACGAAAGCAAGGAAUCUGAAGCUACUGUGCUUGAAGAAUCGAGUAAAGCUCAGAUGGAGCUGGAAGUCACAAAGAUGAUGGACAAUACUCUACGCCGUGAAGGUCUGAAGGCAAUGGAGGCUUGCAAAUCCUUGUCAUUGGAGUUGGAGAAGUCAAAGGCUCAAGUGGUUGAACUGGAGGAACUUGUCAACAAACUCCAGUCUGAGCAAUGCAGCAAAAGCACACAAGAAAAAGGAAUUAAUGUGGAUGCUGAUGAACUCAAAACUGAGCGCGGUAAAGAUGAGGUAAAUCAACUACAGGCUGCAUUGGAGAAUUCUGAGAGAAGGUAUCAGGAAGAAUGCAUCCAGAACACCUUGCAGAUAAGAAGUGCUUAUGAGAUACUGGAGUGCACAAAGUCUGAAUCGAUUCGAAGAGAGACUGAAUGGAACUCAAAGUUAAAUGCUGCAAAAGCAGAUAUGGAAGAGUUAAAGAAGAAAUUAAUGGACAAAGAAGCUGAAAUACAAAAAAAUUCAGAUGAAAAUAAGGGGCUGAAAUUACAAGUUGAAGAAUUACAGGCAGCUGAUGGAGAAUCCGAAUUACUAGACGAACUGAAAAAAUCGGAGUCAAUCUUGGCAGAUUUAAGGGCAAGUUUAUCUGAUAAAGAGGCAGAGUUGCAGAGUACUGCUAAGGCAAAUGAGAUGAUGAAGUCAGAAAUCAAGAAGAGGGAAAUGGAGAAUGACGAGGUUCUUGCCUUAGCAGAAGCCUCGAGAACUGCUGAAAGAGAGGCUCUGAUGAAGAUGGGCUAUUUGACCGAGGAAGCAGAUAAAAGUGGUAGAAAAGCAGCACGGGUCAUCGAGGAGUUGAAUGCAGCACAGGCAACUAACUCCGAGAUGGAAGCUGAGUUGAGGAAGUUAAAAGUACAAUCUGAUCAAUGGAGAAAGGCUGCUGAAGCAGCUGCAGCUAUGCUAUCAACUAGCAAUAAUGGAAGAUACGUCGAGAGAACAGGCUCUUUGGACUACCAUACUAUCGGUGGAAAGCUGCGUUCUCCUUUAUCUGAAGAUAUGGAUGAUGGUUAUUCACCCAAGAAGAAGAAUGGCAAUAUGUUGAAGAAGAUUGGCAGUUUAUUAAAAAAGGGUCACAAAUAGAUGCAUAUCCUGCAGGUAUUUUGAUGAGUUUCGGCCUCCUGGAAAAAUCUCUUAGCUGAUUUUUGUAAAGCUAUUCCAGAAUUAAUGAGACCUCUAUAAUCUCACCUGCCAUAUGCUUCCUUAGGAGAUUGUAAGAAAUGUAACUUCAUUUGCAAUUUUCAGUUUAUUUUGCCGUUGGAGCGUUCAUAUAUAGACUGUUGUACGUUCCAGCAAUAUUCUGCUAAGUGUAAUAAACCCCAGGGCAGUUGACUAA